AUGGCAGAGCCACCACUCUUAUCAAAGCCCGUGGAUGGAGAAAUAUUAUAUGUCUACUUGGCUGUCUCUGAGAAAGCACUGAGUGCGGUCUUGGUUCGUGAGGAUCAAAAAAUCCAGAAACCCGUCUACUAUGUUAGUAAGAUUUUGCAUGGAGCGGAGCUCAACUAUUCUGUGAUUGAGAAGUUUGCCUUAGCCAUGAUUACAGCUUCAAGAAAGCUGAGGCCUUACUUCCAAGCCCACAAAAUUGAAGUCUUGACAGACCAGCCCCUUAGGAACAUAAUGCAUAGCCCGAAGGCUACUUCAAGAACAAAAAAUAGUGGGGCAGGGCUGGUGCUCCGAAGCCCGGAUGGCUUCACGGUCGAGUACGCGAUCAAGUUAGACUUUCCAACUACCAACAAUGAAGCUGAGUAUGAGGCCCUUAUAGCUGGAUUGGGAUUGGCAAGAACCCUGAGGGUUAAAAACCUGAAGGUAUGUGGGGACUCAAGACUUGUGGUGUCACAGGUUAAUGGAGAAUUUGAGGCACGAGAAGAAACAAUGCUGAAAUACUUAAGGAUUGUGAAAGCCCAGAUGACGCAAUUUAAAGAAUGUUUGGUAGAACAUAUACCUAGGGAAGAGAAUACAAAGGCUGAUGCCUUAUCCCAGUUUGCAUCCUCAGAGAAUGAGGUGUGCUCGGGAAGUGUUUACUAUCAGGUUUUGAAAACCCCAAGUAUCAAUGCCAAGCUGGUAGCCCCAAUUGACACGGGGGCCACUUGGAUCGAUGAGGUCAAAACGUAUCUCGAAACCGGACAUCUACCACCUGAUGCUGGGGAAGCACGAAAACUACAAGUAAGAGCUUUAAAGUAUGCACUCAUUGAAGGGAUUCUCUAUAAGAAAUCUUUUGUUAUACCUUAUUUGAAGUGCUUAAGGCCGGAUGAGGCUCGGGAAGCCUUGAAAGAGAGAUUUGCACCUGUUGUGCGCCAGCCCCCAGAGAUGCUGACAUCCAUUAACUCCCCGAUUCCCUUUGCUAUGUGGGGGAUGGACAUCCUAGGGCCGUUUCCACUCGCCAGUGCUCAAAGGAAGUUUUUGAUAGUGGCUAUUGACUACUUUACCAAGUGGAUUGAGGCCAAACCCAUGGCCAAGAUAACCACCAAGCAAGUUGCUCAGUUCUUCUGGGAAAACGUCAUAUGCAGGUAUGGCAUACCCCGAGUCUUGGUUACUGACAAUGGAGCCCAGUUCAACAAUCCAGAGUUUGUGGGAUACUGUAACGACUAUAGCAUUGAGCUACGAUUCACUUCGGUUGCCCAUCCUCAAGCCAAUGGGCAAGCUGAAGUAGCCAACAGGAUAAUCCUUGAUGGGCUAAAGAAAAGAGUCGAGAAAGCGCAUGGGUCUUGGGCUGAAGAGAUUCUCCCUAUACUAUGGGCAUAUCGAACAACCUGCAAGGUCUCCACAGGAGCAACCUCGUUCCAGUUAGCUUACGGGGCUGAAGCCGUGGUGCCACUUGAGAUAACUCAUACCUCCCCCAGGGUCCAGCAGUAUGAGCCCGAAGCCAAUGAGGAAGGAAUGAGACUCGCACUCGACAUGAUCGAUGAGGUCCGUGAUGAGGCUAACGCCAGGAUCGUUGAGAGCCAAAAACGAGCUUCCUAUUACUAUAAUCUCCGAGUCAAGGAACGAUUCUUCAGAAAAGGGGAUUUAGUCCUAAGGAAAGCUGAGGCCUCAGGAGUUGGUCCCAAGGGAAAGAUGGCCCCAAACUGGGAAGGUCCGUAUCAGGUGAAGGAUGUUAUUGGUCGCGGCUCGUACAAGCUUCAGACCCUGGAUGGAGUUGAGUUUCCAAGGAGUUGGCAUGCCACCAACUUGAAGAUUUAUUAUAUUUGA